GCUGCUGAAUUGGCGGAGCUCAAAUGGUCCUCAGCGAGCAGCAUGUGAGAAUGUGCGGUGCUUUGUGAGGAGCGUAAUGAUGGGCACCAUUAGCCUCCUUCUGCUGGUGCUGGCCUUUGCCGGCGGCCAGCAGUUGGACGUGGACACCACCCAGGCCAGAGGCCAGCAGGACCCGCAAUCGGCCGCCCUUGCUCCAAAAUUUGCUGUGAUUGCUCCACGCGUGGUGCGGCCGUCGUCGCUGUACUCGGUGGCCGUGGCCGCGCUUCCGGGCCUGGAGGACCGCCUAAAGGUCAAGGGCGCCCUCAGCAGGGAUGGUGUCCAGUUGGCCACUAGCGGCGUGGAGGAACUUCGUCCCUCUGGUUCAGUGCGACUGUUGAUGAUGGUGCCGGGUUCGAGCGCGCCUGGGGAUUACUCGUUCAGGGUGGAGGGUCACAACGUUGAGACCGGCGCCAGGGUUUUCACCAACACAACCGCCCUCAACUUCUCGCCGCGUUUCCUCACCAUCAUGGUGCAGACCAGCAGGCCCAUCUACAGCAACGGCCAGGACGUCAGGUUCAGGGUCGUGUUGCUCAGGAUGGACAUGAAGCCUUUCGACGAGGCCGUCACCAUUUACAUGCAGGAUCCUCUGGGCAUGGUGAUGAGACGCUGGAUCAGCGCCGAGACUAAUAAUGGUGUUGUGAGCCUGAUGUUCCAACUGCCGCGUCUGUGCCGCGAGGGCAUGUGGUCGGUCCGUGUGGAGGCGCGCGGCCAGCUGGAGACGCAGAACUUCCAAGUGCGCACUCACUUCAUUCCACUCUUUGAGGUGUUAAUGUUCACGCCGAAGUACGCGCUGGACACUGACGAGAGCUUCACGGCGACGACAAAUGCAAUUUCCUCAACAGAGCGCCUUGCUAGAGGUAACGGCACCCUCAGGGUCUUCGGCCACAGGUUCGCAAGCGCCGACGGACGCAAAGACUUGGAGCCCAAACUGCUUUGGUCUGAAACCGUCUUUAUUGCAACUGGAGUUGAAAGCUGGGAAAUCGCCCUGAGCAGGGUGGAGGCCCACAUGGGAUUGCCGUUGGCAGGCAUCGAGGUCAAAGUGGAGCUGGAGGUGAUGGAAACCUUCUACGGCGACGUCAGGUCGGGCUUUUCCUGCACCCGGAUCAUCGAGGCAGGCUUGCAGCUCAGGUUUUUGGGCGCCGCGCCGCAGAUCUUCCGACCAGGGAUGCCCUUCGAGGGACAGGUUGCCAUUAGUCACAAAGAUCACGAGAAAAUCUCCGAAGAGCUGCUGCAGAACUCGCGCCUGGAGAUCCGCGCUUUUGCCAGUCUGGAGAGUGGCGGUCGCGUCGACCUGCCCGAGGUAAAGAUCCCGUCGGCCGCGGAUACCAACCAGGAGCCCCACUACCUGCGCGAAGACUGGGACGAAAAUGACGUCGCCGACAUCAUGCAGCCUUUCUUUGACCAACUCGCCUUCCGCCACUUCCGCGCCACCGGAGUACACAAAUUUAAAAUCAUGACUCCUGAACGGGCGGUACGAAUCGAAAUCCAAGCGACCUUUACCGACCCUGAGGGCAAAGUUGAGUCUGCAGAACUAAAAUUGGAACGCCACUUUUCUCCAACAGCUCGAUACAUUUCAGUGACGACAAGCACAGAGACAGGCAAACCCGGUGAAUAUGCAAUUUUUCACGUUUCUGCAAAUUUCCUUGUAGAAAAUUUCAUUUACAUGGUGGUCUCGAAAGGACUUCUAUUGAUCGUAGACAGCAUGGACGCGUCUUACGGCGGCGCCACGACUUUUGCGGUACCAGUGUCCGCGGAAAUGAGUCCCGCUUUCCGCCUAGUGGUGCUCGGCGUCACCAGGCAGGGCGAAAUCGUUUCCGACGCCGUCUGGCUCCCUGUCGAAGGAAUUUCUAUGCACAAAGCUUCAAUGAAGCUGAACCAGGCAAAGGACCACACUAAAGACACAGUUGAAUUUGAGGUCAGGGCUGAACCAGGCGCCUUCUUUGCCACGCACUCGUUGAACGUCUUCAUGUACGAACUGCAAGCGGGAAGCGAAAUCACCCGAGCCAGGGUCAUGCGCGCCUUGCACUCGUUUGAAAAUGAAACAAGGGCGGUGCACAAAGUUGCUUGGAGGGCGAGAGAUGGUCUCAGAGAGGAUCAGAACGCCUUCUUCAAAUCAGGAAGCUACGGCCCUGACGCCAACAGGACUCUCCAAGAGGCAGGGCUGAUCAUUAUUACGGAUGCCAUUGUUCCUUCCGUGCCUGGUUAUAACGGAAAAGAUUGCAACUCGAACUCUUCCAUUCCAAUGCUUCCGUGUGCUAUUAGAGGUUGUUUUCCAGCGAGAAAAAAAUGCGACGGCCAAAAGGACUGUCCUGACGGGUCGGACGAAUCCAAUUGUUACGAAGUGGACAAUUUCCAGGAACAGGUCCACUAUUCCAUAAACAGGAUGAGUGGCUACACAGACUUGUACCAAGUGGGUGAUGGUGACUGGGGCUGGUUUGAACGAAACAUUGGCCACCAUGGGCGCGAAUUUGACAAAAUCGCCGUUGCCGCUGUCACCAACACGUGGUACAUUUCUGGAUUCAGCGUCAGCAAGGACCACGGCAUCGCCGUCCUGGCCGAGCCCCUCCAACACGAGAGCCAACGGCCGUUCAUGGCGAGCGUUGAAGGCGCGACGCAGUGCCGGCGGGGCGAACAGGUCGGUCUGCGGUUAAUGCUGUUCAACAGGGAACCAGGACUGCACGAAAUGCUGGUCACCGUCAUUCUGCACGGCUUGGACGACUACCAGUUUGUGCACGUUGAGCAAAACGGCGUCGUCUCCAGCUACGGCGCCCGUCUCUCGGGCGGCGACCACCACCACCUUGUUUGGAUUGGUGAAGGGGGUGAGCUACAGGUGGACAUCCCUGUGCGGCCCAUGAUCGAAAAGGGCGAGGUGGAAGUUCGAAUUACAGCCACAACGCAAGUAGGCUUCAAGGAACUGACGCACACAAUUAACGUUUUGGGCGAGGGCGCCCCCGUCAGCGGCCAUACUUCCAUUUUCCUUGACCUCAAGUCCAGGGCGACCGUUUUGCGCUACCUGAACAUCCCUGUGGAGGAAACACCCAUUGUGCCCUACCAUGAUUGGCGCCGCUAUGUCUUCGGCAGUCCCUCUGGCACCAUCAUUCUUUCCAGUGACUUGAUUGGGCCGGUUUUCCCUGAAAUUCCGUUGACCACUAUUGGUCUGGUGGACAGACACCUGAAGGGAACUGAGGCCAGGGCAUCAGAGUUAGGCGCCAACGUGUGGACCUUGCACUACCUGCGCCUCACCAAUCGUCUCAGAAGAGAAAAAAUGCGUGAAGUCCUUGGCCACUGCAGCACCAUUUUUACUCAGGUGAUGAUGAGAUUCAACACAACGACUGGCGCCUUCCACAAUUGGGACGAUUCGCCUCCUAGCGUUUGGGUGACGUCUUGGGUUAUAAGACUGAUUAAACACGCGUCCUUCCAAGACUGGGAGGACCACUUUUACGCCGAGUCGCGCAUCACUAGCCUAGCGGUAGAAUGGCUCCUGCAGCACCAAACACCCAGCGGCGCCUUCUACGAGCCCGACUUUACUUACUCUCGCAGCCCUCUUGAUCCGCGCAUGCACCCCACGCAAACGCCGCAGCCCAAUGCAACUCGCGGCGAGCGGUGGCGCGACAGCCUGUUGAACGCUAAAAACGUUACCUUGACGGCACACGUGCUCAUCAGUAUUCAGGAGGCCCUGAACUCAGUCCAAGGUGGUCUCAGGGGCGAGGCCGCCUCCGCAAGAGACAGGGCCAUGAGGUACUUGGAGCGGCAGUUGAACUCAAUGAUCGACCCGUACGAGGUGGCCAUCACCACCUACGCCCUGACCCUGUGCGAUAGCGUCGAGAAGGACAUGGCCUUCCGACGUCUUUCCGCCCUGGCCCUCAAUGGAGACGAUGGUGAACUGUACUGGUCGCGGGUGAAGAUUCCUUCAAACCCAAUCAAGUACGAGAACCAGCGGCCCUUCGUGGAGCCGGCGCCAAUAGUCGAAGGUGACUCGGUGGCCGUCGAGGCUACCGCCUACGCCCUGCUGACCUACAUCGCGCGCGAGGGCAUUGGAAUCAUCCACGAACGCAUCGUCCAGUGGCUCGUCUCCGUCAGGGUCACAUUCAUCGGCUACUUCUCAACUGUGGAGUCGGUGCUGGCGCUGCAAGCAAUGACAGAGUUUGCCUUCAGGGCUCGCCUCCUGGACAUUACAGACAUGAGUGUGACCCUGGAAUUGCCCAGUUCGGGCGCCCUGAGGCAUGAACUACGCCUCCUUGGCAAUGACUCCGAGGCAGAAUAUUUUACCACAGAUAUUCCAAGCGUGUGGGGCCAUUUGAAUGUGGUGGCCAGAGGUCGCGGUCAGGCUCUGGUGCAGAUGGACGUCGCAUGGGGCGUUGACCACGACCCUUUGAAGGACGGCCCUUCUGAGGACUCAUUUGACCUGACCGUCCAAGAGUACUACUCCGACUUCAGGAACAAGUCAAAAAUCACCAUUCAGACUUGCUUCAGAUGGGUUCGGUCGAGUCCUUUGACAAGUGGCGCGGCUGUGCUAGAAGUGGAGCUCCCUUCGGGGUAUCACAUGCUCGAAUCGGACGCCAUCGCCCUGGCCAGGUCAAAUGUGCACCAGACCCUGAGAGAGGGCCUUACUGUCCCCGGCAAAACCCUUUGGUACUUUGAACACAUUCCUCCUGAAUGGAGCUGCUUCAACCACUCAGUGAUGCGCUGGUUCCCAGUGGCAAACAUUUCCCUUCACCGCUCUGUGUUCCUCUACGAGAUGUAUGCUAGAGAGCGAUUUGUGCAGGUCCUGUUCAACUCGACGCCUUUGUAUGUGUUGAACAUCUGCGAAGUGUGCGGCUCUUACCAGUGCCCAUACUGUCCACAUUUCAGCCGCGCCGCCUUCGACCAACUCUCCGCCGCCGUCUUAAUCUCUGCGCUCGUGGUUGUUUUGGUCAGAAAUUUCUAAAUGUGAAUAAUUAUAUGAAUUUAAAAAAAAAAACUUAAGAACGGCCGCCGCGACUGAAUGGCCGCAAGUCAGAAAGUGAUGGGAAAUAAUCUCAUGCUAAUUUAGUUUUAAAUAAUUUUUUACUGUCACUUAAGUUAAAUUUUGUUUCCAAAAAUACGAGAUGUACGAUUGGUCAAGUCAAACGGCUAACCUGGCUUUUCAAUUGUGAAUUAAUGCAUUUUUCGCUUUAAAAGUUAACAUAACUCUGAAGGAUAAGCAGUGGUGGGCCACCUGUACUAACAACGAUCUUGGACUAAAGCGAAUUCUUGUCGCUGAUCCUCUUAUCAAUAAAUCCGUCCUUGUAAUAAAGAUAUUUUUGUAAGAGAUAAGAUUUCAAGAGUCAUCCAAUCAUUAGAUUAGAUAUGCUUAAAAUAAUUGUUACAGUUGUAAAAUUUUUGCGGCAACUCCUCUAUUUAUUUUAGAUUAUUCUGUAAAUUUGAUUAUAUAGGGAAUGAUUUUAAUUUGAUGAAAAGUUUUGAAGUUUAUAAUUAAAAUAAAAUAUUAA